AUGUAUGAAGGAUCCGCUUCCCCUCAGAGCGCGGGGGGUGGCGGCAGUUUGCAUGAAGGGCCCCAAGCGGAUGCUCAGGUAGCGCCUCCUGAGGGCGCACCUGAGCCGAGUGUAUGGACGCCUGACGGAGCAACGGAGCCUGCAGAUCCACCCGCAGAUGCUGCGAAUGCUCCCUCCUCAUAUGCCGGGGGAGAAAGCCAGGCGGGAGUGUCUGCGCAGCCUGAAUCCGGAGACAGACAGGCAGACUAUGACAACCAGAGGAAUGGAAAUUCAGAAGACAGCGGAGAGUUAUUGAGUUUCUUUGUUGGGGCCCUUCAUCCGGAAGUUAGCCGAGAAGAGCUCCUGGAGUAUCUUUCAGGGUUUGUCACAGUGGACGAGAUUGACAUUAAAAUUGAUCCCGUUACAGGGAAGAACAGAGGAUACGCUUUUAUAUCAGUUCGUCAGCCUUCGAACACGGAAGCCUUCUUGAACACAGAACACGUGAUCAGGGACAGACAACUGGACAUUAGGGAACUAAGCAGCAAGCCUGGACCAGAGAGGCAGCCGGAACGGCAGCCCGAGAGGCGUCUUAGCUGUAGCAGUGCGAACAGGCACAAAAUAUUCAUAGGAGGCAUUACCUCUUCUGUCACGGAAGAAACUUUACAGCAGCACUUCGAGAAGUAUGGGUCCAUUGAGAAGGCGACCAUAAUCCGGGACGGCUCUGGAAAGAGCCGAGGAUUUGGAUUUGUCCAGUUCACCUCUGUGGAUUCAGUUGCCGUCGCCGUUGGCGCUUCGCCUCACCAACUCGACGCUGAUAACAGAGUGGAUGCUCAACCAGCCCAAGACAGAGGAGCUCGCAGGCUGCCGGGAGGCCGCUACGCUACCUCUCCAUACUACGAUCAGAGUUACUAUAACUACGGCACCUAUGGGGGAGCAGCUGGACCGUAUGGUUAUCAUGCUGCAGCCACUGCGUAUUCCCCCAUGUACAGCCCCAGUCCUUACGGAGCUUACGGGAGCUAUGGGGGGUAUUAUGGGACAGGCUACGGAGACGCAUACGGUUGCGCGGAUGGUGGCUACGGGGCCGUCAGAAGAGGGGAUGAGAGCCAGUCUGGAGGGUCAGCGCGCUCAGCCCGAGGCGCUCCAUACUGA